AGAGUCCUGACGGGGAUAUAAUAGAUUGCACACAAAUAUUAGCUCAGCCGGCCUUCAGGCAUCCUCUCCUCAAAGAUCACAAGCUCCAGGAAGUACCAAGAAAUCUUCCUAACACUUCCAAAAAUGAAGAUGGAGUUAGCGGCUGGCAGAUUUGGAACAGUCGUAACGGGUCGAAAUGUCCCGAGGGGACGAUUCCGAUACGGAGAGUUGUUUCUCAAGAUAACGGGGAUACCAAUGAGGGAACGUUUCGGAUACGGAGACACUACAAAGAUUUAUGGAACAAAAGUCACAAUGAGUGUGGGGCACCCCAAAGUUGCUGAACCCGGCGAGUUCAGCCUAGGCCAACUUUGGCUCACCUCGGGUUCAAUUGAAAGAGGUGACAUGAACACCAUCGAGGCAGGAUGGCAGAAUGAUGCAUACACGGUUGAAAAAUGCCAGGAUCUUCGACGCCCUGGUUUUAUACAAACUAGUGGCAAUGUCCUCGUCGAAGGCGCUAUCCAUCCCCACACCGUAGCUAUUACAAUCCAGAUUUGGAAGGAUCCAAACCUUGGACACUGGUGGUUGUCUGUCGGCCCAAACAGUGGCACCGUACUUAUUCCCGUUGGUUAUUGGCCAAGGGAGAUCUUUACUUGUCUCUCUGACCAUGCAGAGAGUGUGCAGUGGGGCGGUGAAAUAGUAGACAAAUACGUCUCCGGUCAGCACACGACAACCCAGAUGGGAUCCGGGUAUCUUCCGAGCAGCGCCAAAGCUGCCUAUAUGCGCGAUUUGGAAAUUAUGGUUAACACCGGCAAUUUCCAGCCGACCUACGAUCUCGUAGUAGGACAGACGAACCCCGACUACUACAUCAUCAAGAAGACGAGCGACACGAGUUUUACUUAUGGGGGACCUGAAUCAGGAGCGAGUCCUGACGGGGAUAUCAUAGACUGCACACAAAUAUUAGCUCAGCCGGCGUUCAGGCAUCCUCUCCUCAAGGAUCACAAGCUCCAGCAUGCUGUCGCAUAUUUGAACAGCACAAGCACACCAAAGAUUUAUGGAACAAAAGUCACAAUGAGUGUGGAGCACCCCAAAGUUGCUCAACUCGGUGAGUUCAGCCUAGGCCAACUUUGGCUCGCCUCGGGUUCAAUUGAAAGGGGUGACAUGAACACCAUCGAGGCAGGAUGGCAGGUUUAUCCCUGGUUAUAUUUGGAUGACCAGCCUAGAUUCUUUAUUUUCUGGACGAAUGAUGCAUACACUCGUGUGAAAAGCCAAAAUCUUCGAUCCCCUGGUUUUAUACAAACCAGUGGCAAUGUCCUCGUCGAAGGGGCUAUCCACCCGCACACUAAAGUCAUUACAAUCCAGAUUUGGAAGGAUCCAAACCUUGGACACUGGUGGAUGUCUGUCGGUCCAAACAGUGGCACCGUACUUAUGCCAGUUGGUUAUUGGCCGAGCGAGAUCUUUACUUGUCUAACUGACCAUGCACAGAUUGUGGAGUGGGGCGGUGAAAUAGUAAAUAGAUAUGUCUCUGGUCGGCACACGACAACCCAGAUGGGAUCUGGGUAUCUUCCGAACAACGUCAAAGCUGCGUAUAUGCGCGAUUUGGAAGUUAUGGUUAACAACCACUAUUUCCAGCCGACCUACAAUCUCGCAUUAAUUGAGACGAACCCUGCCUACUACAACAUCAAGAAGACGAGCAACACGAGUUUUACUUAUGGGGGACCUGAACAUGCGGGAGCGGUUAGAGCAAUGGCAGCUGUGAACUGCCACUUCUUCAAGCUAUCAAGACAUCUCAAACCCUCAAGGCCUUCCUUUUCCUGCUCGGCUUCUCAACCUUCACAAAACAACAUUAAGGUAAUCAUAAAUGGAGCUGCAAAGGAAAUAGGUAGAGCGGCUGUGAUUGCUGUGACUAAGGCUAGGGGAAUGGAAUUAGCUGGUGCUGUCGAUAACCAUUUUGUUGGCGAAGAUAUUGGCUUGCUGUGUGACAUGGAGGAGCCUUUAGAGAUACCCGUAGUGAGUGAUCUAACAAUGGUGUUAGGCUCAAUAUCUCAGGGAAAAGAAGUCGGAGUUGUGAUCGACUUUACAGACCCAUCAACAGUGUAUGAGAAUGUAAAACAGGCAACUGCAUUUGGGAUGAAGAGUGUGGUGUAUGUACCUCGGAUUAAGCCAGAGACAGUAUCUGCGUUGUCUGCACUAUGUGACAAGGCCACCAUGGGAUGCCUUGUAGCACCAACUCUAUCCAUAGGAUCUAUACUUCUCCAACAGGCUGUGAUCAUGGCCUCCUUCCACUACAACAAUGUAGAACUAGUGGAGUCAAGGCCUAAUGCAGCGGAUUUUCCUUCUCCAGAAGCUAUCCAAAUUGCAAACAACAUAUCAAAUCUUGGUCAGAUCUACAACAGAGAGGAUAGUUCAACUGAUGUUAAGGCAAGAGGUCAAGUGAUUGGAGAAGACGGGGUUCGUGUUCACAGUAUGGUUCUACCGGGACUACCAUCUAGUACACAAGUCUACUUCUCAAGUCCAGGAGAUGUUUACACUCUUAAACAUGACAUAAUUGACGUGAGGUCCCUAAUGCCUGGCCUACUCCUAGCUAUCAGAAAGGUGGUACGCCUCAAGAAUCUGGUUUAUGGCCUCGAGAAAUUCCUGUAAGAACUGAAGUGCUUCGCCAGUCACCAAUCAAGAUUCAGGUCAAAGAUUACAUUAUCAUGAACAGCUAAUGUCAUCCUGCAAGUCAUAUGAAGGAAAAAAACAUUAAACUUAAAGUUUAGAA